CUCCGAUCUGUCCUUCCUUCUCCACGUCUCUCCCACCUCUCUCUCCCUUCUCAUCUCUCUUUCUCCUUCCUCUCGCUCUCUCUCACAUUUCUUUUUCUUUUCUCUCGCACUUCUUUCUGUUGUCGCUCUCACUCUCGAAUCUCAUUCCCCUUUCCGUAGCUCUCUCAAUUGCUCUUCCAAGACAGUUCCUGAGAUCGACGCCGCUUUCUUUUUCUUUUUUUUUCUUCAUUCCCUCGCCCUCGCUCUCGCCCUCUCUCAUUAACCUCCUCUACACAUUAUUGAUACUGAGCAAUCAUCAGACACACACGCACACACGCACACACGCACACACGCAUACACAGCCACCUACUUUCCAUCCUCCAUCCUUACUUCCUUCCACACGCCAAAACUGCUAUUCCUUCGAUUCUUCUCACUCACGCAGUAACAAUUGCACCACAACAAUAACGGCGACAUGGGAAACGGCUCCAGUAGAGAUUACGAAGAUGCUUUUGAAAAUGAAGUCAAUCUCCUUAACUUCAAGCUGCUGAAGAGCAUCGGCCGCGGGUCUUUUGGCAAGGUCCGGAUGGUCGAGAGGCGCGAUACUGGAAAGGUAUAUGCCCUAAAGUAUAUCUCCAAGGCACAGGUCAUCAAGAUGGACGCGGUACGGAACGUACUACGGGAACGUCAGAUCCUCGAAACACUCGACCACCCCUUUGUGGUCAACAUGCGUUUCGCAUUUCAAGACGACGAAUACAUGUACAUGUGCAUGGAUCUCAUGAUGGGUGGCGAUCUGCGGUUCCAUCUGAACAGGCGGCAGUUUGGAGAGGACGUCGUGCGGUUCUGGGUCGCUGAGCUGAGCUCUGCCAUAAUACACUUGCAUUCUCAAGGCAUCGUACACCGGGACAUCAAGCCCGAUAAUGUGCUCCUGGACGAGAAGGGACAUGCACAUCUCACAGACUUCAACAUUGGAUGCAAACUCACGCCACAGAAGCCAAUGCUGACCUCACAAUCAGGAACGGUCGCAUACAUGGCGCCAGAGGUCUUUGUCGGAUCAGGGUACGGCACCAGUGUGGACUGGUGGGCCCUGGGCGUGAUGUUCUACGAGGCGAUCUAUAACCGGCGGCCGUUCCAGACCGAUAGCGUCAGCGAUCUCAAAAAAGCGAUCCCUACUCAGACGAUAGAGUAUCCGGAGAAGGAGGGUCUCUCACGCGAGUGCAUUUCGGCCAUGCGCGGGUUCCUGACAAGAGACCCAAAGGAAAGAUUGGGGAUCAAGGGCGGUAUGGAGGGAAUCCGAAGACAUCCAUUCUUCCAGGCGGGCGCGUACCAGGGCAAUCUCGAUAACUGGUGGUAUAUGCUCGAGACCAAGCAGCUCACGCCGAAAUUCCAGCCGUCGACAGAGCAAAACAAUUUUGACGCGACAUUUGAUCUGGAGGAACUCUUGCUAGACGACGAGCCGCUUACGUACCGAUCCACACGGAAGCGAGCGCAGAGGAUGAUCAAAGAGAAGGACAAGGCCUUGAAGGAAGAGAAUGCGCGGUUGAAGGCCGAGCAGGAGGCAGCGUUGGCAGCGACAGAGUUGGCGAUGCAGGCCAUGGCCGUCUCCGCGGAGGAAUACAACGCGAGCAAUACAUGGGAUCAACAGCAGAAUCGGUCCGAGAAGAAUAAGCUGAUGAAAAAGAGGUCCAAGCUCUAUUUAGGGGGAGGAAAGGACAGCGAUAACAGUAACUCGAGCAGCACCAACAGCAGCCAUAUACAUCUUUCCCAGCCGCUGCCCAUGCCCCAAAACUACCUGCAGCAGCAACAACAGCCAUCACAGCAUGCGGGGUCUCCGCAGCCAAGGCAACCGCAGUACCAGUCCAUAGGGGAUUCUACUACAGGAGGACGUGGGAUGCCUAUACCACCGAAUGUACAGUUCCCAACGCCUCCGCCUCCGUCUGCGUCUCGUCACUCAGGUCAAGCGGUUCGGAGCCAGCCAGGCGCGUACGGUCGUCAUCCCACCGCUUCUUUGCCACCGCCUCCGACUCAGAAUCCUCCGCUGAACCCACCGCAGCAGCCCCAGCAAAAGCCCGGGGUACCGUGCGAUGCAGCCCAACCCUCUCCAAAAGCAACAACAGCAACAACAGCAACAGCAGGCACAGCAGCAGUACAUCUCCCAACCACCGUACUCGAACCAACAACAACAGUACCAAGGCCCGGUCCAUCGACAGACAUCCCCAAUGCCUGCCACGACCACGAACGCGAACGCGAACGCAAAGACGUCGGCGGCGGAUCCGACGAUGGCUUCGGCCAACAUGUCACGGAAGGAGAAGUUUGCGUACCAGAUGGCGUUAAUCGACCGAGAGUUCACGACGUUUGAUUAUACGGUAUAUGAGAACUAUAAUGGACUCAUCGACCCCGUCACCAUGUCUGUGGGCGAUCCGCCAGAGUGGGUGCGAAAUCGCGAUCAGUGAACGUGAACGUGGGCGUGAGCGUCUAGAAUGUUUCCCCACAGCUACUGGUGAGGGGAAUUGCAUGAGAGAUGGGAGGUGAUGGGGAAUGAGGGUCGGGAUACGAUAGAUCCCUGGACUCUGAAACGGCCACUGCAAUGCCGUGGUCUCCUUCCUUCAUUCCUACCUCUGUUGGUUGAUCUCAUUUUGGUCUUUGGGCCUCACCUAUUAACUAAAUCGAUCCUAUAGACGGCUUGCUUUACUAUUAAUUAAUAUAAUAAUCAUGUACAGUACAAUACAAUCGCGAUACAUUGUGGGCGAA